GGGACCCCCGCCGCCAUGCUGCCCGGCGUGGGGGUGUUCGGCACCGGGCUGACUGCGCGGGUCAUCGUGCCCCUGCUGAAGGCCGAGGGCUUCGCCGUGAAGGCGCUGUGGGGCCGCACGCCCGAGGAGGCGGAGGAGCUGGCCAAGGAGAUGAGCGUCCCCUUCUACACCAGCCGCAUCGACGAGGUGCUGCUGCACCAGGACGUGGACUUGGUCUGCAUCAACUUGCCGCCGCCGCUUACCCGCCAGGUCGCCGUCAAGACCCUGGGCAUUGGAAAAAAUGUCAUCUGUGACCGAACAGCGACUCCCCUGGAUGCCUUUAGGAUGAUGACCGCAGCUCAUUAUUACCCAAAGCUCAUGAGCAUCAUGGGGAACGUCUUGCGCUUCCUGCCUGCCUUUGUGAAGAUGAAGCAGCUGAUCCAGGAGGGCUACGUGGGGGAGCUCCUGGUGUGCGAGGUGCAGGUUCACAGCGGAAGCCUCCUAGGCAAGAAGUACAACUGGAGCUGUGAUGACCUGAUGGGGGGUGGGGGCUUGCACUCGGUUGGUACCUAUAUCAUCGACCUCUUGACCUUCCUCACUAGCCAGAAGGCCGUGAAAGUGCAUGGGUUGCUCAAGACUUUCGUCAAGCAGACGGACCAUAUCAAGGGGAUACGGCAGAUCACCAGCGACGACUUCUGUACGUUUCAGAUGGUUCUGGAAGGCGGUGUGUGCUGCACAGUGACGCUCAAUUUCAAUGUCCCCGGAGAGUUCAAGCAAGACAUUAUUGUGGUCGGUUCAGUGGGCCGGCUUACUGUAAUAGGCACUGAUCUCUAUGGACAGAGCAACAGCUCUCCUCAGAGGGAGCUCCUGCUGAAGGACUCCACGCCAGUCAGCAACUCUUUACUUCCGGAGAAGGCCUUCAGUGACAUCCCAUCGCCAUACCUGCGAGGCACCAUUAAGAUGGUUCAAGCUGUCCGGCAGGCAUUUGAGGACCAGGACGACAGAAGGACCUGGGACGGAAGGCCCCUCACGAUGGCUGCCACCUUUGACGACUGUCUGUAUGCCCUGUGUGUGGUAGACACCAUUAAAAAGUCAAAUCAGCUGGGGGAAUGGCAGAACAUUUCAAUCAUGACUGAGGAGCCAGAACUGAGCCCUGCAUACUUAAUCAGUGAAGCCAUGCGUAAGAGCAGGAUGUCUCUGUACUGCUAGCUCCACUCAGCUCCUAGGAAAGAAUAGGAACAGGAUAGCUCUUAAAAUAAAUGGUAACGCAGCCCUUGUGAAGGGCUUGGGCAUCUUAAAAUCAGCUGAGGAUACAAGAGGAGGAAAUGCGGUGUUUGGAUCAACUAAAUUUGUUGACGGCUAAAUACCAAAGUGAUGACGUUCUAAGAAAUGCCCAAAAUAGAUAGGAGAGUUAAGAGCUAACAUUAACUUAACUGUUUUAAUUAUGGUAUUAGCUGGCUGAUUAGCAAGAUAUAUCAUGGACUUGUCUCCUGCUUGCAGGUGCUUUAGAUUAUCCAAUUGUGUUUACGGUGAAAGGUUGGGAAGAUCCUUUUAGAUCUUCCUUACCUACCAGAGGGCUGUGAAGGUACUGUCAUGUCAUCAGGUUUUCUGUAGUGUCUGACAUGAAUGGUUCCUACCAUGACAGCUUACACCACCAUGCUGUGCUACUGCAUCUUUAACCAACACACAGAGUGAUAGGACUUGGUGUAACAUUGUGGUGUGAUACAGAAAAUCUUGGCAGCUCACUUUUCAUAUAGCUUGUUAGGGACUUCUUUGUGUUAGUUUGUGGUUUGUUAUUUUUUUAAAGCACAUUUACAUAGGAAAAUAUGUGGCUUUUACAAACAAAGCAGCCUUCAACCACAGCACAUAUGCCCUUUUAUUGGGAGAGGGAGGGUCUUCUCAUGGUAAGCUUCAAUGUUAAAUGUACAGAUUUGCUGAUUAAAAUCAGUUGUAUAAAACCUUCUCAAACAGCAGGUGGCAUGACACAGUAGCAACGGUGGGUUUUUAUUACCCAGCUGAACUAAGGCUAGUCUUCUGAAAGACACAAUUUCCUAUGUGUCUGGGCCUGACUUUUGAGUGAAUUCAUCUCCCAUUUUGGUUUUCAGUGGAAAACAGAAAACUCAGUAAAAAGCUCAUCAAACAAUAUGAGGUUUAGUGAGCUGAUGUUCUUUUAAAUCUCUGUGAACUUACACUUAAGAGAUACACACCAACAACUAAUUUCGUAUUGCUCAACCCAGAAGUUUUCACCUCCAACAAGUGGUGAGCAUGAGUGAAAAAAAUGCAAGGGAUGAGAAAACUUCCUAUCCAUUUCCAGGGAAAAAAACUAAAAAAGAUCCCCGCCUGCUUAAAGUGGCUAACUACUGGUACUGUAGUUAUUGUUCCCUGUCAUCAGUGCAGAGAUGGAAAAAUUCUUUUGAUGUUUUCCCUGUCCUUCUUUCUAAUAUUUUAGAUUGCAAUCUUGAAAGAAUAUAUUGAAAGUCAUAUGAAUUAUCCCAGUAAACUGGGAUACUGCUUUUCUGCAUAAAGCUGCUCCUGUGCUUAAAUGUUUACAGCACUAGGUCCUCAGAUACAAAAAUCACACAGAAAAUAGUAUAUCAAGCAUAUAGCACUAAAUUGUAUUAUACUUGAGCAAAGCUUUUUCAUUUUUUUGUUGCUGUUGUUAAUUUUGACUAGGGGAAAGAAGAGAACAUUUGGCUGAGCAGUAGCUAUUAGGAGAGAAAAUAAGACCUUCUUUCUCAAGGUCAUCAGAUUAUUGUGGUCAUUUUAGGUUAGAAAGAAAACAAGCAGAUAUUUCAGAUUUUUUGUAUGGCACUUUUAGUUCUGCUAUUUUUAGGAGUGCUAAGGGCUUCUGUAGAGCUCCUGCAAAUGAUUCCAUCUGAUUGCUGUGUGCUCCUGUCUGUCGCACUCCCAAUUUUAGUGCUGCGUGUUUUUGAACAGGAGGGCAUCAAUAGUGUGGUUCAUCUCAUAUGGCUUGAGCCAGCUGAAAGUCAGGUAUCUUGUCCCCGGUAUUUGUGUGAUGACACACUAGUCAAUAUAGGGAGAAAUCUUCAAGGAUUGAUUCAGUUCCUCCUAAGACUAAUAUAGAAGUAAAUGUCCAUUGGAAAUUUCAACCUUUUUCUUUUGGUUGUACAAAGAAUCUUGGGUGCUUGUAUGAGAUGGCUUUUAAAUUUUUAGGUGGCUAAAAUUGGGAAAAUUGAAUCACACCCCCAAAUUAUGUGCAUGUGCUUUAUUUUUAAAGUGAAUAUUUGUGACCUUUGAUAAAACAUUCCCCAAAGUGUAAGAGUGUGACUGGUGAAGGAACAGCAUAAUACUGCAAAACCCCAGCCAAGCAGAGGAAUUUUUCUGUCCACAUUGUUCUGCCAGUUCUAGCAAUUGUGUGUGUGGUUGACUGCUUCUGCUAGGCCUCCGGCAAGCAUUCUUAAUUCCUUCUGGAAGCAGCUCUUGACAGGUUUGGAUCUUUUUUCCUAUAAAUGAUUUCUCUGAGAACAAUUCCCAUAGCAGUAGCUGUGCCAACAGGAAUUUUCCAUUGUUAAAAUUACCAUGGUAUACCAUGAGAUCCAGUUUCUGCUGUGAAAAAUAUACAGAGCAAUAAAGAACAGAGAAUUUGAUCAAGAAAUCAUACAUCUCUCCUGACAUAUUAGCCCCAGGCGGAUCAAGAGAGUUUCCAUAUAGUAAAGCAAAAGCCCUUUAUUGACAACAGUGGCAAGUUCAAAUCAUGAAUGCAAGCCCAGUGGAUAAUUAACAAUGUCUAGUUAAACAUCAUUCAAAACUGGAACUAAAUGUGGACCAAAGUGUUUCUAAGUGUCUUGCUGAUUAGCAAUUUGGCCACUGUGCCAGGUAUUGCUAUUCAUGCCUUCGGACCUCGUUUUGGUUCACAAAUGUUGACGGUUUUCCCCAUGUGUACUUUCAUUUUCUUCCUGUACCUUCCUGUUUUAUUGUGAUGCCAGCUGGCAGAAGAUGUGGUGGAACCUAAACCCCCUCCUGCAGUGCACAUUGCCUUGGAUGAAACACAGCAUAAAGGAAUAGUGCUACUGAGAUCAACCUUUCUGCCCCUGAUCCAGAAGGUUUAGGUGACAGGCAUCAUCCAGCCCCUGUGCAAACUUACUGAUGCAGAUUUUGCUGCUUAGUGGAAAGAGAAUCUAACGCUCUGAUUACAUAGCCAUCUGAUGCUAGUGUAAAUACCGACUUCCAAAUGGCUUGAACCCCAUAUAGCUCCCUGGGUGAGCACAGUGCUGGCCCCAGAGAGACAGCCACAAUGAGAAGGGGCAGGGUGGGACUGCCUCUUUUGACAGCAAUGUAGACGUUACGCUGGCUUCAGGAGAACGUGUGACCUAAUUGGGACAGCAACAGUAACUGCAUACAUUCAGGAUUGCAUGACAGUUUUUCCAUUCUCUAGGAGGUAAAGGUGCUGAAGUGUCAAGUGUAAAGACACUAAACUUCCACCUGGCGUAGAAGAGCAAGGAAUUGGUUUAUUUAUAGAAUGCGUAUUACUAUUCUGAUAAAAUGUUACUCUAUGCUCUAGGAUCUUCAAGGCCUCUGCUCUUUUGGUACAGUUGAAAGUACGUUGAAUUACUCUCAGUAGCCUCUGGAGUUCACGCUGGGUUUAAGAAUUUGGGCAGUAGUUAAAAGAGGUGUACCUGACUGAAUUCAAAAGCAGUACCAUACUAGGCAACACACAUUUGGAACUGCAUUUUAAUGCUGUGCCACAAGAUUUGAGAUGAAUACUGUUAGAAUUGGUGCAGUCCUAACAGCCAAGCAGAGGCUAAUGCAAGAAUUUACAGUAGUCCCCAAAACAAACAGUUCAUACACUAGAUAAGAAAUGUUCAUUCCUCUUCCCAGGGCUGCUGCUGGAGAGGCUCUUUCCUUUGACAUAUACCUCUGCAUCUAGGAUACUAAACAUUUUGGUCUGUUGCCAAAGACAAAAAGAGCCAAAGGAAGAGCCCCAGUGAAAUGCUCUGCUGCUCCACAGGGGCUGUUCUAACACUGGGGCAUUUAUCUGAGAGAGACUUUGGUUUUCAAUAGGAAUCAGACUGGGCUCCAGUCCAAGGAGAGGACAACCCUUCACCAUGGCCCUCUGCCACAGCAGGGCACAACUGCGCAACUGUGGUCCUUCCAUGUGCCCAAACGAGAACGGUAGCUGCGGGGGUGGGGGGGGAGGAGAAGGUAUGUCUGCAGGCUUGUCUGUAUGCCCACACCAACAGGGAGAACAAACUGGUUGCCCAGAGAGGAAAGGCUGUCCCAGCCAGAGGAGACAGCUGCCGCCUUGCUCCACCUCCGUGUUUGGGAGCCCAAGGGGCGACCCUGCCCUUGGAGGAGCAGCAUCUGUACUCCCACUAGAUCCGUGUGGGUCUUCAAAGCUGAACUCACUGAAGUCCUACAUAGAGGCCUAAAAACUCUGUAAGAGCUGCAGGGUUUCCUAUAUCUAAUAUCAUGCAUGGACUAGAUUAGUAGUAUUUUAGCUAUGUAGUUAGAAAAUACCUAGUAGAGGUGAUACGUCCUUACCCUUGCAGCCAGUGCAGCAGAGAAUCAGGGCAUGUGUAGACCUUUAGGUGCAGGACGGACUGCUGUAAAGUUCAUCCCUUGCUUUGGCUGAAAGCAUGAGAAAUUCCUGCCCAGCCGGCAUAGGGCAAUCAGAGGCAGUCUCCACUUUAUACUUAAUAUUUCCUUCUUUUGGACAGCUUUUGAAUCAGAGCGACAGCACAAGGGAACAGCUGUCUUGGGAGAGCAGUCAUUCAAAAAAGGAGGCUCUUCUGCUGCCUGUGCUCACGGCACACAGACUCUGCAGUUUCUGUGUUACCUUGUUUAUUUCUAUGUCUGCACAAAUACAAAAAAGGCUCUGACAGUUCAAAAUUACUCAUUUCUCUCCCCUCAAAAAGUUAUUAUUAGCAGUUUUUGUUUUGCAGGUAAAGACAAAUUUAGUAGCCUGAUGGUGUCUUUAUGGAGAUCUAGAAAUUGCUAAUGACAGAAGUUCUUGUUUCUGGAAAUUUAGUUUUUAUCUGUUAUCCUCGGUAUAAAGUAUCACAAAUUAUACAGUCUUAUCACUGUUAAUUUCUGUUUCUACAGAAAUUUCUACAAGGUUUAAAAGCACCUUUUGGAUUUGUGCAGAUAUUCAACAUGUUGGCUUGAUUUCCAGUGGGCAAGUGGUAUGAAACUCAACACUGGACUACCUGACCUCUGCAAUGCUCUCUAGGUAUUUAGGACUAGUUGUGAAAUGGCAGGCUUAGUCAGGACAGCAGUUUCUUCUUAUCGUUGUCGUUGUCGUCGUUGUUGAAAUUACUUUUGGGAAGCAAAGUUUGUAAAUUUUAGUGAUUAAGUAUGACUGAGUAAUAACUGUCAGUCCUGUCAACUUUGUAACUUCCUCUUUUUUGAGUUGCUGGGUGAAGUCCAUCCAAUAAAUAUAAUUUCCUCUAACAACAACUGCCCAAUUCCAUUUGCUCAUGAAAAGAAGGAAUUUUAAGUAGACAGGACUGUACAUAAUGCUGCAUUCAUGAACCGAUGUCAUAACCUCAUGACUGUUGCUCCUACUGAGUGUAGGAAACCAGAGCCAAGGCAAGUAAUGACUUCUUGGAAGCUGUCAAACCACAACAUUGGGGUGGAGGAAUGAAGGGUAUCAGCUUAGGUCAAACUGCAACAGAUUUUAUUCAGAUUUUCAAUUGAUGGAAAAAACUUCUUGAAUUAAGUUGCAUUUUUACAUUUUUAGAGAAUGCUAUUUUGAAAUGAAAGUUGAAAAUUUUCCCCUCUUGACAUGUUUUGGUAUUUAUGAAAUGAGCUGGGAUUUUUUGUUGUUGUUGAAGUUCACACUUUAAAAAAUUCUAUCAUUAGGUUCAAACAUACUCAGUGAAUUCAGCUGCCCUUGGGCAGGUUCAGAACAGGGCCUCACGGUGUCGUUCAGUGAGCCCAGUUUAGCAUCUGAAUUCGGCCAUCUGGAUUUCAUUUCUGUCUUAUGGCAUAGGGAAAAUUGGUUCAUUAAAUGGAGUUAGCUACAGAUAAUCAAGAUACUUUUUGCAGCAGUGCUGGCCAUGGUCUUUAAAAGCACUUAAAUUUAGUAACAUGUUUACCGUGGUUAUUUAUGACCUUCCAGCCAUGUCCUAUCCAUAACUUCCUUUUCUGUUUACACCGUCCGUCAGACUCGCUUGCCUCCCCUUCUGUUUCAUUCCAUUGCAAGUCAUGAGGCAGGUCUCUGCUGUUUCCUAUUACGUUUGCUAUCCGUCUGUGUUACGUGUGGCAUACAGGGUGGCUGAUGUUUGACUUGAAGUUACUUUUAAUACAAAUUCAUUAAAGAAUACGUUAACAGCACAACUACUCAAGUAUAUGGCAUACCUAAAGCCCAGCUAGGGCAGGAAUCAAAGCUCCCUGCUAUGCUUUGUUUCACAAAUGACACUCAUUGUUUCUCUCUGUACUGGUUUUCUUUUAUUUUUGAUUUUGAAAAUGAGAAUAUGUUCAGUUUGUUGCUGUGUCAAUAUUAAGUAUAUAUUUAUUGUUUUUCAUACAUACAUACAUAUAUAUAAAUGCUAUAUAUAUAUAUAUAAUGUCAACGCAUGGACAUAUGUACAGUAGAUAUUUUAAAGAGCUAUUUAUCAAGAAAAAUAAGUGUUAUAAGUAAACAGAGUUUAUAUUUUAUAUAUAAUGUAGAUAGCAAAAAAAGUGUUUAAAUUAUAGUAGGACUUUUAGGGAUGGGGGUUGGGGUUUGGAGACACGGAUAGGGACUGGUUCUAGCAUUUUAAAUAGCCAAACUACUUUGUACGGAAGCUGCCUGCUGUGCCUCUCGGCUGCAAUAUCUAUUUGUUUCUUCUCCUGGAAGAUGAUGUGCAUUGUUACUUUUACAUUGCUUGAGGAAUGUAGUUAGUUUAUUCUCAGCCAACUGGUAUGUGCUGCUUAAAACAUGGUUUCCUGCUGUUCUGCAUAUUUGCAUUGAUGGAAUAAAAGGAUCUUAAAUGGCAAAUAAAGAUAUAAAAGUAUGUGA